ACGGGGCGGGAACCCAGCCCGACACGGACCCAGCCGCGGGUGUCUCCGCCGGGAAGGCUUUGGGCGCCGGCACCGCGGGGGCUGCACCGCAGAGACGCUGUCGGCUCCCCGGGGCGGUUCCCGAGCUGGGGGCGAUGGGGCCGGGGGGCGACCCCCGCCCGGAGGCCCGUCCCGUGCAGGGAGGGAGCGGAGAGGGACGGGGCCGGGUCUGGGGGGCGUAGCGAGCCCGGCGCUUCCCCCGCCCCGCCGCGGAGCUGAGCCGGGCUGAGCCGAGCCGAGCAGGGCUGAGCCGAGCUGGACUGAGCCGAGCCGGGCUGGACUGAGCCGAGUCGGGCUGGACUGAGCCGAGCAGGGCUGGACUGAGCCGAGCCGGGCUGGACUGAGCCGAGCCGGGCUGGACUGAGCCGAGCCGAGCAGGGCUGAGCCGAGCCGGGCUGAGCCGAGCCGGGCUAAGCCGAGCCGAGCCGGGGAGGGUCCCGCCGGCAGAGAGGGCAAGGUGGGACUGGUGCUGGCAACAGCAGGGGACUCCAGCCAUGGAGCAAAGCCAGGAGGGUGCCUGAAGCUGCUGGAAGGAGCAGGAGGGAGUGCAGGACAUGGAGCCCCCCAACAGCAGCAUGGCUGGGCAGGCAGACUCAUGUUUCGGGGUUUUCAACGCCAGUGAUGGCCGUGCCAGUGCACAGAACAGCAUCGCCUCACCCUGGUUCUCCACAGCCUUCGGCCUCAUCGGCCUCUGUUCCAACCUCUUUGCCCUCUGUGUCCUGGUCAGCUCUUCCCGCAAGCUCUCCAGCCAGGCCCGCUCCUCCUUCCUCAUCUUCCUCUGUGGGCUGGUGGUCACAGACUUCAUGGGGCUGCUGGUGACAGCCUCAGUCAUCAUCCCCUACCACUUCACCAAGUUCUCCUGGGCUGAGGUGGACCCUGGCUGCCACCUCUGCAACUUCCUUGGAUUCUCCAUGGUCUUCUUUGGGCAGUGCCCGCUGCUGCUGGGGGCCACCAUGGCUGGGGAGAGGUUCUUGGGCAUCAACCGCCCCUUCUCCCGCUCCACCAGCCUCUCCAAGCGCCGUGCUUGGGCCAUCGUGGGGCUGGUGUGGGGCUUCUCCUGCUUGCUGGGACUGCUGCCGGUGUUCGGGCUGGGGCGGUACACGCUGCAGUUCCCUGGCUCCUGGUGCUUCCUCACCCUCCUGCCUGACACAGGUGAUGUUGUCUUCUGCCUGCUCUUUGCACUGCUGGGCAUCCUCUCCGUGCUGCUCUCCUUCAUCCUCAACACCGUCAGUGUGGUCACGCUCUGCCGCGUCUACCACGACCGCGAGUCAGUGAAGCGGCGCCGUGACAGCGAGGUGGAGAUGAUGGUGCAGCUCGUGGGCAUCAUGAUUAUCGCCACCAUCUGCUGGAUGCCUCUCCUGAUCUUCAUUGUCCAGAUGGUCCUGCAGCACCUGCCUGGCCAGGCACAGGUGCUGCCCACGGACACACAGGAGAUGCUGCUGAUCUACAUCCGCAUGGUCACCUGGAACCAGAUCCUGGACCCCUGGGUCUACAUCCUGUUCCGCCGGGCUGUGCUGCAGCGUGUGUAUCCCCGGCUGCAUCCACGGCCCUCCAUCGUGUCCCUCACCCCCUCCCUGCCCCGCAAACUCACCGCUGGCUCCGUUCUGCAGUAGCAGCCCUGGGGAUGGGCACUGGGCAGGGGGACACGGCCAUCCCCCCAUCCCAUCCCUGCAGCGGAUCCUCAUCACCUGCAUCCAGGGGCUUCCCCCUCCUCAAGCCUGAUACCCAAGGGGCAGUCAGGGGGCACAGGGCUGCUUCCCCCUCCCCAUCCCCAAUAAAACACAGCUGGUGCAGCUCUUGGUGCCCACUGGGGGUGACCACCUCAAGGGGGGCCCAGGGAGGGUA